AUGACUCCUCUUUUUUUUAUUUUUUCCUUUUUCCUGUCCCUUUCAUUGGACAAACAAUUUGGCCUCACGGCCAAGCGAAUGCAACGGCCUCUGAAUGUGUACUAUAGGGACUAUUCCGCAAAUUUGUCCAAUGAGCAGCGGGAAAAAUUAAUGAAAAUAAAGCUUCAUGAUGAGCAGGAUGGCAAGCUGCAGGAAGACCUAGCGGGCGCUAUUGAUAUGAACAAAAUACAUGCCGCGGGGAGAGAACUGGGGGCUCUGCUGAAGGGGCAAACGGACUUGUCGCUGCAAAUUCCCCACGACUUGCGCGGACGCACCAGGAAAAACAAGCGAAUGUCCAUCACAUACAAUCAUGCGGAGAACGGCGCAGGGGGUGGCGACCUGAUGGAAGCCAAAGCGGACGGAGAGCAUUUUGACGUUGACACAGAAAUUGAUGUCCCCAUCGAUUUGAUGCGCGAACCCGUAGUGCUCGUUAAAAUUCCAGCAGUUGACAUUUAUGACCAAAUGGAAAUGCUACACGACGUUGGAAAGUUGAUGGAUAUAAAUAAUGAAGAUGUGUUGUACUGA